UCAUGUGUGCGCGGCCCAGGGCCCGCGGUUGGUUGCGAAACUGUAUCAAAUGUCCACUCCCGCGCAGAUAUAUACCUGCCGAGGGCUCUGCUGCCACAUCGGUACAGACCACACGACCGCCCGCGACAGACAUGUACGCUAAGUUGAUCAUCGUAUGCUGCGCGGUGGCGGCGGCGGCGGCGGCGCCCGGCUUGUUGGACUACGGCUACUCGGCGCCCAUCUCGCACUCAGUGGUGUCCGCGCCUGUGGCGGUCGCCGCGCCCGUCUACAAGACAUACGCCGCGCCCGUGGUCAAGGCUGUCGCUCCUGUAGUACACGCCGAGCCAAUCGACCCGAACCCUGCGUACAGCUACGCGUACGGAGUCCAAGACCCGCACACCGGUGACCACAAGGACGCACAGGAGACGCUGCAGAACGGCGUUGUCCACGGCUCUUACAGCCUGGUGGAACCUGAUGGCCACCUGAGGAAGGUCACCUACACUGCUGACAAGGUCAACGGCUUCAACGCUGUCGUUGAGAGGACUGGUGGAACCCACGCGGCACCUGUGGCGAUAGCCGCGCCCGCCCACGUAGUGGCCGCCCCAGCGCCCAUCGCCGUGGCAGCGCACGCGCCCAUCUCCUUCGGCCACGGCUGGCACUAGUCACUUCACCCACCACGCUUCACUUGCUGCAUCGCUGACAGAGAAACGGCACGACGCUUUGACUUGACGCGAACUUUAGACUAACGCUAGCUGAGUUAGCAAUCACACCAAUUGUUGGCGAUUUCUGGCAGUUGACUUCAGUGCAGCGAAGCAAAGGCAGCGGACGAUAGCAUCCCCGAUUGUAUUAUGAGAAAGCUUGCAACAAGCGUUUCCUAGUAUUAUUAAUUUAUGUUACUUAUCGACUCGUUGUUAUAUUGUGGGGAUCUAUCGCCUGCUAGAAGAGAGCUAUCGGAAUGUAUGUAUUAGUUUCUGUAACCGUUUUCUGCUGUGUAGAAAAGGUUGGAAAGACGACAGUAUUUCACUAUGGAUUAUUAUUGGAUGCGAUAUUAUAAUGAUGGUUUUUGGAGCAUUGUGGUAUGUUGUAUGUGUUUGUCCAGUCAGCGGUGUGGCAGGGUCGAUGACCUCGCCCGUGCGCCUGUAAUGAUAAUGAAUUAUGUCCUAUUGUUUAUUUAUUUAGUUCUGCUUUGACUGUUGCUACGGACUUGAUCUUGACGCGUUGUAUUUCAUACAUGUAAAUAUAAUGUGUACUUAGGUUUAAAAUAAAAAGCCAUUUUUUUACGAUAA